AUGCCAAGAGAAACAUCUCACACAGACAACACACACCCGUUCCGCAUUUGAUUUUGGUAUGUUCCGCGAAAGCCACACCUCAUACGGAAGUUGACUGUCGCUUAGCAACAAGGACAAUGUCUGGAACACAGAGCCUAUGGUCUGAAGCAGAGGAUGUCUCUGACACAGAAAAGGUUAUACAAGCAACAAGUGGAGAGACUCAAAGAGAAAACAUAGCUGAUGAAGAACUGGAUGAUGUGAAAACUCUGGUCAUAACUAGCAGUGUAAGCCUAGCUCCCAUUUCCCCUGCAGCAAUCAUCUCGAGGUCUGUUUUGUCUUAUGACAACGAAAGCAACCCAGACUUUGAUGAUGGCACAGCAGUGGUGUCUUCCUCCUCUUAUCGUCAGCAAAACGUUCAAAUGGCCAACAGGGAUUAUGAAAACGUAGAAGAAAACAAUACAGAAGAGUCCCCAAAAGAACAAAAAGAAAAUGAGGAAGAAGAAGAACUGGUGGUGUUAGAUCCAGAUCAUCCACUGAUGACAAGAUUCCAAACAGCUUUUAAGAAUUACCUCACCAAGCAGAUACAAAGCCUUGAUAUGGAACUGUGUGAAAUGAAUACCUCAUUAAAGAAAAAUAAAGGUAAACGUGAAGACCUUGGUGUGAUUCUGUAUGGCAUACAGCAGGAAUUGGCUCGUCAGCAGAUGGGACUGGAGAAGCAACAUGAUAAACAUUCUCAGAUCUCCAUCUUACGUAGGCAGGUGGAAGAGGAGCUGGAAAAUAUUAGAAAUUUGUACAAGAAAACACACCAAACUACAGACACUGAACUUAAGGAAGUAUCCGCUAUGCAAACAGAGGUGGAGAAUUUGGCAUUACGUUUAUUCUACAUGGAGAAUAUGUCCAGUGAUGUGCAUUCAGACAUCUCUGUUUUGAAACGUGCUGUUCAGAAAACAGAAGCAGAGAGAAUCCAGGCCGAAUUAGAAAAACAGAAACAGGACAUGUUUGUGGAUCGACUUACAAGGGAAGUCGACAGACUAAAGGAGCAGAUUGCUAUCUAUGAGUCACAAAUUUCUGCUCAAAGAGAAGACACCAAAGCUGCGCGAGAAGCAGUAGCUGAGGCCAACAUGGAAAUUGAAGCUAUAUGUCUUGAAAAGAAGCAACUACUACAGCAGUGGAAUAGUAGCCUUGUUGGAAUGACAAGAAGGGAUGAAGCAUAUGCUGCUAUGCAGGAAGCCCUUCGCUUGGCACAACAGGAGCUUCGCUCAAUGGAGACAGAAAUAGAAGGCUAUAAGAAAUCUGUCACCAAAGAAGAGGAAAAACAUGAAAAAUUAGCUUUUAUGAUUAAUCGGGAAGAGAGUGAUGCAUCCAUGAGCAAAAAGCUGAUUUCUCAGUCUCAAGCCAAGCAGGAAGCAUUGAGAGUAGAGUUCAGCACAUACAUGCGUACAUUAGAGGAGACUGAGCUAGCUCUAAGCAGGGUGACCACAGAAAGAGCUGGACGUUGGACUGAGUUGAACUCCCUACGAAAGCAAAUUGAGAAGGAAUCUCAAAUGAAAGGUACUUUGGAAACUCAGAUAAUGGAUAAGCUUCAAGCAAAGUUAACAUCUGACAAAGCAGCCAAAUAUUCAUCACUUCUAACUGAAAAACUACGUAGAAGAAAGCUAGAAUUGGAGAUCGAAAAUACUAGGCUGGAAAAUGAAACUGCUCAAGUGCAGUUGGAAUUUAAUCACAUCUUAUCACGUAUCCAAGCUCUACAAAGGACUCUGAUUGAAUUAGAUCAAAAAAUCGAAAACACCAAUGAACUAAUUUCUCUCAGUCACAGUGAAAUUGCAAAGCGCACCAUAGCAAUCGAGAGGAAGCAAGCCAGUAUUAAUUUAUACAGCAAGCAAAUUGAGACAACUCUUGCAGAAAUUGGGGGUAAAGAGAUGGGACCUCUAGAGAUCCACAUAACUGCACUGACCAAGCAGAUAGAAGAAUGUAAUUUGGAAAUUGCAUCAGUUCAACAGUAUUGGCUCCGGCUGCAGACAGAGAUGGUGAGGUUGACAAAACAAAGAGAAGAGCAGUCUGCUUCUGUGGAAAUGUUAAAGAAACAACUGACUAUUUUACAGCAGAGAAAAGUCCGUACAGAAAAUGAAAUUGAGCAAGAGAAAAAUGAGCAAAAGGAUAUUGAACAUCAUAUGAAGAACUUGAAAAACGACAUGCUGCGUCUUAAUAUGCUGCUUAGCAAAAAAACAAACUUUAAGGAACAGUUACUGCAGUAUAACCAACUGAUGGAGAGCGAGUUUAUGCGAUCUCUUCGGGAGGCAGAAAAGGAGUCAAUAGAAAUACAAGAAACUCUGGAAAAUGUGAAAGACGAGAAAGAAAGACUCAUACAUAACUUGGUGGAAACUGAACAUCAAAUAAUGCUUUGGGAAAAGAAAAUUCAGUUGGCAAAGGAGAUGCGUAAUGCUGUGGACUCUGAAGCUGGCCAAGGAGAGAUCAGAGCUAUGAAGGCAGAAAUACAUCGCAUGCAGGUUAGAUAUGCACACUUGAUGAAACAGCAAGAGAAGAUGAUCCGUGAUAUGGAAGCAGUUGUUUCUAGAAGGGAAACAAUCAUGAUGCGGGGGAAAAAUCAAGCUGACAAGGACAAAAAGCACUUAACUGCAAAUGAUUUCCAUGGAAAACUACAAGAACUACGGAAAAAAAUUAAGGAAAUUGCAGCGAUUACAGAUGACUGUAAGAACACCAUAUCUGACCUUGAAGAUACUCAGAAGACACUUAGCACAGCCAUUUCAGAAAAACAGCAUUAUAUCACCAGCAUAAAAUUAGACAGCAGCUCCAUGGAAAAUGAAAUUGAGCAACUACAAGAAAAGAAACAUCAGAAUCUUUCACAAAUUGUGGCCUUCCAGACUCGAAUGAAGCAUCUGCAAGCUGUGAAGGAGGGUAAAUACCUUCCAGUUUUCAGCAGCCUACAAACAUUAGAAGCUGAGCAACAAAAGCAAGAAACUCGCAUGCACACAGUUAGCACGAUCAUUCACCAGAUCCUGCAAGAGUAUCCACAGUAUCAGAGUGUUUUCCAUAAUAUAAGUCUUGCACUGGAAGCAAGGCUUGGAAUUCAGGAAAGUGCUAAAGAAAGAGCACCAUGAAUCCUCUCAUUAUGUUGACAAACAAAAUGUUCAAAUUUAAGAAUGAAGCCUGAAUAUUCUGGCCUUACAAAUGUGUAUGUUAAAUAAAAUUUGAAACUCCA